GAACCCAAACUAACCCAAUUCUUUGCCUCUUAAAACAUCUCUCACUUAACUCUAGAUUGAGACCUGGGCUUAGUGGACUUUGUCCACGCCCGACACUCGUACAGAUUCCCUUCUUUUACCCUCUCUCGUAAAAGCAGCAGAGAUUUUCAACAGCCAGAUACAGACACGUAGAGCUAUCAUACAUCUCUACAUCUGAAACGCUCUCUCUCUCUCUCUCUAAAGCUUUAUAUCGAUACCUGCAUGCAUCAGACCCAACAAGACAAAAGCCCAAGUAAACCCAGAAUCUUGAUUUUGUAUCAGAUUAACUGAAAAAUGGAUUAAUAAAUCAGCAUCCGAAAGAAGAGCAUAUAGAUUAAGCGAUGCAGCAAGAUAGGGGAGGAGGGAGUGGACAAGGCAUGAAGCAGAACCAACAGAAAAAUCAGAGGUUGAAGGCGUUGACAGGCGAGAAUCAACAGCAACAGCAGAACCCACCUCAAAAGUGUCCUCGUUGUGAGUCUCUUAAUACCAAGUUUUGUUACUACAACAAUUACAGUCUCUCGCAGCCUCGUUAUUUCUGCAAAACUUGUAAAAGGUAUUGGACUCAAGGUGGAACCCUAAGGAACGUGCCCGUGGGAGGUGGUUGCAGGAAAGGGAAGCGAAAAAAGGUUUUUCCUUCCGGUGAAAACUCAAGGUCUCAUCCACAUAUAUCUCAGCAGCAAGAAGCUCAGCAGAAGAACUUGGCAUCACCGCAAAGUAUGAUCUCUUCUAGUCCUAUGCUCAGCGUAAGUGCUGCUUUGAGAACCAAGGAAUCUGGUGGUUUCUCUUCAUCAACUGCUAUUUCUUCAGUGGGAUCGUAUUACCCUGAUGCUGGGUUCUUGUCUUCUUUGGCCGCAAUUCAGUCGAUGAACCUACCGCAACCUUUUAAUGAACCUCUCAAUCAGGCGCUAAGUAUUGGUGGUGACUUGGGUGGUUCUUCAAAUUUGGGUCUUUUGCAGGGAUAUGGUGUCGCUUCUUUUGGGUCACAACAGCAUCAGUCAAUUCAGCAAACCCAAUUCUUUCCUAUGGGUGAAAGAGAUCAAAGGGCUGUAAACAUGUGCCCAUCUGAUCAAGAAAGGUUGAUACAGUCUAACAGGCUUGCUGCAGGUAACUCUUCUCAGCAGAAUUGGCAUCAAAGUUUCCUCAACAACAGUAACCCUACAGUCUCUGAAUUGGCGGUGUGGAGUAUCAACAACAGCAGCAGCAGCACAAGCAGCCCUUGGAACACAAACACCAACACAGCAGGUUUUUCUCUGAAUCCAAAUCAAUGGACUGAUCUUCCAGGUUAUGGCGCUCCUCCAUAGUGCAAACGUCCAAAGGUAGACAGCUUAAUAACUCUAAAACGGAGUUUCAAUUUUUCUCCUUCUCUGUACUAAAAGCCCAUAGAGCUUUGAGCCUCACAUAUCCGAAGUCGCAUCAUCUAUUGUCUGUCCCGCUGCUGUCGUUGGGUUGGCUUUAAUCUAGUUCAACUUGAGGACAUGAGUUGAGGGAGAAUCUUGUAAAUGAAAGAAAAGUACGGCUAAUAGCCAUUUGAUUUCUUUUUCUUUUUCUUUCUCUAAUGGCAUACAGAUUCUGGGGUGUGCUUUUACUUUAACUUUUUAGUAUUCUUGGGUAUGGAAACAUAUCCUGAGUUGGGUUUCGUUGAUGUUGUUUU